AUGCAGAACCAGGGUCAGGAUGACCCCUGGGAAUCUGCUCUGAUCCCAGGGGAGGACAAUGGGGAGAAAAAGAGAACCCCUUUUCCCCUCCGUGUCUGGGGAGCUCUCUGGCAGUUUCAGCAACCAAAUCUCUACGUGGUCUCUGGGAAAGAUGUGGGAAAAGAUCUGGAUAAAUUUGGGUCCAGACUACAUCUCGGAGCUAGAGUGAUCUCUGCUGUGGAGCUUGAAUCUGUCCCGCCCCAGACCUGGACAUGGAGGUGGCCUGGAUUCUCCCCCUUCCAAACCAUUGGAUACAGUGAAGACAUUAACUUUAGUGGUCCCCUGAAGCCCAUGAAUUUCACAAUUCCGGAAGGUACCUCAGAACGAGGAAUAUUCCAGUUUAAGGCCAAUCCUCCUGCCCAGACGGUCAUGCUGACUGGUGAAACAGAUGGCAUCAUUCACAUCAAAGCAGAAAACGGGUGGCUGUAUCUCAAUGGAACUCUUGACUGGGAGAAGAGAUCUGCCCACAGGCUCCAGGUGGCAGGUCUGGAUGCCAGUGGGAAGACAGUCGAGGGCCCUUAUCCGGUCAUUAUCAUUGUAAAAGACAUCAAUGACAACCAGCCGAUUUUCACGGAGGAAUCAUACCACGGCUCUGUGAGAGAGAAUUCCCGACCAGGAAGACCCUUCAUGUACGUCAAUGCUACAGACCAGGACGACCCCUCCACGCCCAAUGCCCAACUCUUCUACCGCAUCCUCGCCCAGCUCCCUAGCCCAGGGGGGGAGGUUUACUUCCAGGUGCAUAACCAGACGGGGGGCAUCUCUGUCACCCAAGAAGGGUCUAAGGCAUUGGAUAUUAAGAAGAAUAACAAAUACCAGUUGGUUGUCAUGGUGACAGACAUGGGAGGCCAAGGAGAGAAUGCCUUCAGCACCAGCACAAAUGUGUUUAUCACCAUAAACGAGAAUAUUUGGAAAAGCCCAGAUCCCAUUUCCAUUGCAGAGAACUCUACCGAGCCUCACCCUUUCAAAAUCACACAGGUGAUGUGGAAUGACCUGGGUGCACAUUAUGAAUUAAUUAACAAGGAGAAGCUGCCUCGAUUCCCAUUUUCAGUCGACCAAAAUGGAUCAAUUUAUGCCACCCAACCCCUGGAUAGAGAAGAAAAAGAAUCGUAUGUAUUCUAUGUAGCUGCCCUGGAUGAGACGAAAAAGCCACUGGCAAGACCUUUGGAAAUAUUAGUCGAAGUUACAGACAUCAAUGAUAACCCACCUGUAUGCGCUUCUGCUGUGACCAUAUUUGAAGUUCAGGAGAAUGAAAGAAUAGGCAGCAACAUUGGAGUUCUGGAGGCUUCCGAUGCAGAUAAAGAGGGUAGCGCCAACUCCUUUUUGAGUUACAGAAUCUUGGAGCAGAUCCCAGACAAACACGUCUUCCUGCUUCAGUCCCACACGGGGCUUUUCCAGCUGUCCCAGAGUUCACUGAGGAAGCAGGAUGCCCCACAGUACAGCGUGACAGUGGAAGUGUCAGACAGCGUGUUCAAGACCAAAUGUGCCGUGCAGAUCAAUAUAAUUGAUAUCAAUGAUCAGAUUCCCAUUUUUGAGCAGUCUGAUUACGGUAGCCAGUUAAUUGAUGAAGAUGCUCCAGUCGGAACCACCAUAUUGACCAUCCAAGCCAGAGACGCGGAUGAGCCUUUUACCGGCAGCUCUAAAAUCAUAUACAAGAUAAUCCAGGGGGACCCAAACAAUACACUGGAGGUUGAAACAGAUCCCCAGACCAACGCAGGAUAUGUCAAGAUUAAGAAGCCACUCGAUUUUGAAACGCUGCCGUCAUACAACCUGGUGUUCAGGGCCGAGAACCCUGAGCCUCUGGUGCUUGGAGUAGAUUACAACUCAAGCUCCUCCGCCACUUUCAAGCUCUUUGUGAGGGAUGUGAAUGAGGCACCGGUGUUUUCCCAACCCAUCUACCAAGUCCAGAUAUCAGAGGGGGUUCCUCAGGAAACCAACGUGACCACGGUGACAGCCAAGGAUCCCGAAGGCCAGCAUAUACGUUACUCCCUGAAAGGGGACGUGAGGAACUGGUUGAAAAUUGACCCAUACACUGGUGAGAUCUUCACUGCCGCCCAGCUGGACAGAGAAGCAGAGCAAAAUUAUAAACUACAAGUGGUAGCCACUGAACAAGGUGGAUCGGGGUUGAGCUCCUCUGUGUUACUGAGCCUGUCCCUCACCGAUGUCAACGAUAAUCCUCCCCGACUAAUAAAAGAAUAUAAGGACUUUUUCUUCUGCUAUCCACUCCAAAACCCGGGGAGCCUCAUUUUCGAAGCCACCGAUGAUGAUAAGCAGUCGUAUCGUGGACCGCAGUUUACUUUUUCCUUGGGUGAUGACACAUCGCAGAAAGACUGGGAAGUUACAAAAAUCAAUGGCACCCACGCAAAACUCUCCACGAAACACACCAACUUUGAAGAGAAAGCUUACAUGGUUUCAGUAAAAAUCAACGAUGGUGGAAAACCGCCUCUGGAAGGAACUUCCUCAUUCCCAGUCAACAUGUGCUCCUGUGUAGAUGAAAGGUGCUACAUGCCAGUUGAAAGACAGCCUGGGAGGCCCACUGUAGGCAUGGCAGUUGGCAUCCUCCUUGCAACCUUGCUGGUAAUUGGUAUUAUUUUAACUGUUGUAUUUGUUCGCCUGAGAAAGAAAGGGAACGCCAAUCUGGGGAAUGCCACGAGAGCGGAAGUUACCCCUCUGAAAUAAAUGCAUUUGAAAAACAGGAUUUAAAAUACAAAAUAUAGUUUCUCUAACAGAUAUUCUAGCCAACAUUUUGCUUUUCAACCACUUGCAAGUCAUUCGACAGGUUUUCAGAAAGUAUUUACACACUUCCCUGCCUAUGUGAUCCUUCCUGACUUAUUAAUAAGUCCUGCUCACUUGCAUUGUGACUUUUUUUUUGAAGUAGCUAAACUUAUAAGACUGGGGAUCUAAAGACAGCAAAUUCCCUUGAACCGCUGCUAGUGGGAGGGAGGGAA